CACGCGCUAGCCCUGCCGCCGCCGCCACUCACUCGCGCCGCUGCCGUAGCUAGUAAUCCCUGCGAAGAGGAAGCACCUCGGGCAUCAGCAGCAAUCAUGGCGGACGCUAAGACGGCGCCUGCGGUGACUCUCCGCACCCGUAAGUUCAUGACGAACCGUCUCCUCUCACGCAAGCAAUUCGUGCUCGAGGUGAUCCACCCCGGCCGCGCCAACGUGUCCAAGGCGGAUCUCAAGGAGCGUCUGGCCAAGAUUUAUGAGGUGAAGGACUCGAACUGCAUCUUUGUGUUCAAGUUCCGCACCCACUUCGGAGGCGGCAAGUCCACCGGCUUCGGCCUCAUCUACGAUAACCUCGAGGCUGCCAAGAAGUUCGAGCCCAAGUACAGGCUGAUCAGGAACGGGCUAGCCACCAAGGUAGAGAAAUCACGCAAGCAGAUCAAGGAGAGGAAGAACAGAACGAAGAAGAUCCGUGGAGUCAAGAAGACAAAGGCCGGGGAUGCCAAGAAGAAAUAAGAAAAUAUUCUUGAAUGUUGGCUGCCUUCAGUUCUAUCUGUUCACAAUCAGUGUCUGUACCCUUUAGGAAAUCUCAUUGUGGCAAUGUCGCAGUAUGCUUGAUCUAGUAGAAAGAGAGUUUUGAGCUUUCACAUUGAAUUCCGUACCUGGUACGCUGGGUAGUAUUACUGACUUGAUUUUUGCUGCUAGUGUUCUGCUUUGUCAAGUUGAGAUUAGUUCAUUGAGUGCGGUUCUGUUCCAAAAUUCUGCUAUUUUUGUUUUAGUUGUGGAUCUAGUUCUAUUUCUGUGAUUCCAUGAGUCUGAGCUUGUGGUCCUAAAUACUACAA